AUGCCCCCAAACUCAAUGCCCCCACCUCAAUGCCGCCCACCUCAAUGCCCCCACCUCAAUGCCCCCCACCUCAAUGCCGCCCACCUCAAUGCCCCCCACCUCAAUGCCGCCCACCUCAAUGCCCCCCACCUCAAUGCCCCCCACCUCAAUGCCGCCCACCUCAAUGCCCCCACCUCAAUACCCGCCCACCUCAAUGCCCCCACCUCAAUGCCGCCCACCUCAAUGCCCCCCCACCUCAAUACCCCCCACCUCAAUGCCCCCCCCACCUCAAUGCCCCCCCCCACCUCAAUGCCCCCCCCACCUCAAUGCCCUCCCCCCCCUACCUCCCCCCCACCUCAAUGCCCCCACCUCAAUGCCCCCCACCUCAAUGCCCCACCCCCACCUCAAUGCCCGCCACCUCUAUGCCCCCCAUCACAAUGCCCCUCACUUCAAUGCCCCCCACCACAAUGCCCCUCACCUCAAUGCCCCCUCACCUCAAUGCCCCCCAACCUCAAUGCCCCCACCUCAAUGCCCCCCCACCUCAAUGCCCCCCUCCACCUCAAUGCCACCCACCUCAAUGCCCCCACCUCAAUGCCCCCCACCUAA